UUAGGUAUGUCUCGAGUUAAUAACGGCUACCAGUUAAAAUGAAAAGUGACACCGAAAACGAGAGCACACAAAACAGAGGCAAAGAAGAGAGAAGCAAGCGAUCGAAAAAAAUACCGAUACCCCUGUCACCCAGAGUGAAACAGCGGAUGCUGAUCCUCACUAAGAGGCUUAGAUCUUCGAGAAACAAGAUUACUACCAGGAGGGAAAUCAGGGAGCUAGCCAAGGUGCCUCUUCCAAGUACUUCGUCCGACGAACGGCACACGCCAGAUAGGGACAAUUUUCUAUUGACACGAUCUGUGUCAGAUACUGAUUUAUCUUGGCAAAGCGCGGAGAAUUUGACGAAGGCUUCCGCUAGGAGUCACAGUGUUGGGUACUCGUCAGCAUUGGAACGCACAAAAUCGCUAGAGGACUUUUCGGACAUGACUGCUUAUGGUGAACUUAUCAUGGACCAGCCUCCAAACACGUCCAAUGCAAAUCAGUCCACCAGCAAACCAAAGGACCACUUAUACAAAAUCUUGGUAAUAGGAGACCUUGGUACAGGAAAAACUUCAAUAAUAAAACGCUACGUUCAUCGAUUUUUCACGCAGCAUUACAGAGCUACCAUCGGAGUAGAUUUCGCGUUAAAAGUACUCAACUGGGAUGAAAAUACUCUCAUAAGGCUUCAAUUAUGGGAUAUAGCAGGCCAGGAACGUUAUGGAAACAUGACAAGAGUAUAUUACAAAGAAGCUGUAGGAGCUUUCAUAGUUUUUGAUGUGACACGUAAGCCCACUUUUGAAUCUGUAGCAAAUUGGAAGGCAGAUCUCGACAGCAAAGUCCAGUUACCUGAUGGAUCAAAGAUUCCCUGCGUUCUUUUAGCAAAUAAGUGUGAACAGCCAAAGGAAGGAAUUGCUAGCAGUCCAACCAAGAUGGAGGAAUAUUGCAGAGAAAAUGGUUUCCAUGCUUGGUUCGAGACUUCAGCUAAAGAUAAUAUUAAUAUAGAUGAAGCAGCUAGCUGUCUUGUAGAAAAAAUAUUAGCCUAUGAUUCAGUCAUAAACAGUGACUCAAAGCGUUCCUCAGAUCAAUUUUCUUUAAGACGAGAUAGUGAUGGAAACUCAUCAUCCAGAAGAAGUUGUUCCUGCUAAAAAAAGAGCUAAACCACAUUGUGUAAUAUUACUUUAUUUUUAAUAGCAAAUACUAUUGUUCAAUUCACUUCUUAAACAGAUCUUCUCAUAUGUAAAUAGUACCCACUAAUCGCAAAACAAGUACUGUUACACCUAUCUCAUAAUGGAACCAACAUAAUUCUUAGAAAGUUCAAGAAUUGUCUAAACCUAUACCGCACACAUCUUAUGGAGAAUAUAAUGUCAAUCAAAUGCAAUAAAAUUUACAUGAAUAGAUUCGUCUCGAAAUCACAAUCAUUUCAUAUCGUUGCGUCAACUCUGAAUUAUGAUUAAUAACAUAAUAUAAAUUGUAAUUAAAGUUUAUGGGAAUAGCAUUUUUGAAGUCUAUAAAACUGUCAUUCAUAAAUUAUAAGUCGAUUAGAGGAACUAUAAACUUUUGUACAACUGAUCAAAUUAUACACACUAUGAGAUAAGGGUAAGCCUAUGUCUUAAUACCUGAAGAAAGAUUUAUGAACUGGUGAUUUACAAAAUCUUUUUUCUCUCUUUGACACACGUACAUUCAAAUUUGAUUUUAGAUUUAUUUAUAUCAAUUUACGCCAUUAUUAAUCAAAAUUCAGAGUUGGCGUAAUGAUAUGAAAUGAUUGUAAUUUCCAGACGAAUUUAUUCGUGUAAAUUUUAAAUUUUAAAUUUUAAAAAUAAAAAUUUGAAUUGUAGAGAAACACUCAUUGAUAUUUUUCUUACCACAAGUUAUAAACAGUAAGUUUGUUUAAUAAUUAAACAUUUUUUUCGAAUUUUCUUGCCAAGUUUUUGGUUUUUAAACCUUUCCGAAUGUAUUGCAUUUGACGAUUAUUAUCAAAAACACAGAGUCUUAGUUGAUAUGGAUACGGUUUUAGUAUAUUUGGAAUAUUUGGCAUAUAGCAGGUCUGCAAAAUCUACCAUCGUCUUAAAAACUGUAUUCUUCUGGAAUAUUUUUAGAAUUGAUUGUUGUGGAGGCUUUCCUCUACAGUUUAACAUUAAAAUGUAUUUAUUCAUGAGAUAAAUUGUUCCUAUUAGAUCUUUUAAAUGAGAUAAUUAUUGUUUUAUUGCCUUAAGUGACCUAGUAAUACAACCUGAAUACUCCAGGCUUCUCCAGCCAAUAUACAAAUACAACCACAACUGAAAUAACUUGUAAAUGUACUUGUUUUGCAUGUGGUGUAAGAAAAAGUUAGUAUGUACUUAAAUAUACUUUUUUCAAGUUUUGGAACCUGGUCUUUUAGAUAAGAUUGUAGACAGUUUUCUUUGUAUUCACUAAUAGAUAAGUACUCUACGUAGAUAUAUCGUUCAUUAUAUUUUUUAUCACUAUUUUAAUAGUAAAGAAAUGUUUUUAAAAA